CGAUGCCACGUAAUAAUAUAUCUAUUAAUUUCUUCUUCUUCUUCACCCCCACAGAUCUGUUCCCUGCACCAUGCUGAAGGCUCCGGUUAUGUUUCUGGCUGCAUUCGUCUGCCUGCUGGCCCUAGUGAAGGGAGCGGCGAUAGUGGACAGGGCAGAGAGGGAUUUGAACUCCUUCCACUCGCGACGCUCUUUUGGGAACUCCCGUCUGACGAAGAAAGAACUGGACAUGAUGAAGCUCCUUCUCCAAGCCCUGGAGAAGACAGAGGGCGGCGCCACAGCCGGCUCAGAGAAACGUGGCAUGUUUCAGAGGCAAGUGGGAAGCAGCACUUCCUAUCCUACUGGUUCAACGGAUGGCUACAGUGGUACAACAGGAGGCUACAGUGGUUCAACUGAUGGCUACAGUGGCUCAACGGGAGGCUACGGUGGUUCAACUGAUGGCUACAGUGGCUCAACGGGAGGCUACGGUGGUUCAACUGGUGGUUACAGUGGCUCAACGGGAGGCUACGGUGGUUCAACUGGUGGUUACAGUGGCUCAACGGGAGGCUACGGUGGUUCAACUGGUGGCUACAGUGGCUCAACGGGAGGCUACGGUGGUUCAACUGGUGGCUACCCCACUGGCUCCCCUACCACAGACUCCCCAGGGGAUCCUGUGAUUGAGGUGAGUAGUAUAUUAUAAGCGUGACACAUCGUCUUGAAAUCACACGCUCGUUAGAAUAAAGGUAGAAAAAUACAUUUUAAAACCCCCACACAUUUUACCGCCGGUAUGGCAAUCUUUAUCGGGUUUUUUAUUUUUUGGUCAAGCUAAACUUCAUUUAUGUUCAUUAAAAAAUAAAACAUUUAUUUGUGGAUUUGACUGAAGACAUUGGUCAAAGGUACGGCCCAAAAAAAUUAAUUUGCUGUUUCCAAAGAUUCUAAAGCUUUGGAAGUCAUCAUUAAUUUUGGCUGCCACUUUCUUUCUUGCGAAUUUUUCCUCUGACAUCAUAGUAAGGCGAAUUUAUCUCCUUCAAUCGCAAAUAUUUCCAAUUCUAUUUGUGAUGCAGUGUGGUGGAAUCAGGCUCU